AUGUUUCGUCAAAGCAUCCGCCGCUUUGGUACCACCGCGCUUCGUGCUGCGGAGGGGUCGACUGCAUACGCCACCCAUGUGUCCAUGGUGCAGGGCGUCGUCCAUGGCCUGACGGAAGCGAUCGGAAACACUCCGCUCAUUCGGUUGAAAAAGCUUUCCGAACAGACUGGGUGCAAUGUGCUUGGAAAGGCAGAGUUCCAGAACCCCGGAGGUAGCGUGAAAGACCGCGCGGCACUGUUCGUGGUCAAGGAUGCCGAAGAGAAGGGACUGCUCCGGCCAGGUGGCACGGUGGUUGAGGGUACGGCCGGCAACACGGGCAUUGGUCUAGCGCAUGUGUGCCGGUCAAAAGGCUACAAGCUGGUGAUCUACAUGCCCAACACGCAGUCUCAGGGCAAGAUCGACCUGCUCCGCCUGCUGGGCGCGGAGGUGUACCCGGUCCCCGCUGUGGCAUUCGACAACCCGCAGAACUACAACCACCAGGCGCGACGCCAUGCCGAGUCUCUGGAAAACGCCGUAUGGACGAACCAAUUUGACAACACGGCCAACCGCCAGGCGCACAUCGAGACCACCGGCCCGGAGCUGUGGGCGCAGACCGGAGGCAAGAUCGACGCCUUCACCUGUGCUACCGGCACCGGAGGCACACUGGCCGGUAUCACCCGCUACCUCAAGGCCACCAGUGACGGCCGCGUCAAGAGCUUCUUGGCCGACCCACCGGGCAGUGUUCUGCACAGCUUCAUCCAGAGCGGUGGCAAGCUGGUCGAGCGCAGUGGCAGCAGCAUUACCGAGGGUAUUGGCCAGGGCCGUGUGACAGACAACCUCCAGCCCGACAUUGACCUGUUGGACGGCUCAGUGAACAUCAGCGACGAGAAGAGUAUCGAGAUGGUCUACCGCUGCCUGGACGAGGAGGGUCUAUACCUGGGCGCUAGCUCUGCGCUCAACGUGGUGGCUGCCAAGGAGGUCGCCGAGAAGCUGGGCAAGGGCAACACCGUCGUAACGAUCCUGUGUGAUGGCGCCUACCGGUAUGCGGACCGGUUAUUCUCCAACACCUGGCUGGAGAGCAAGAACCUGCGGGGUGCCAUUCCGAAACAUCUGGAGAAGUAUAUUGUGCUGCCUUGA